UUUGCUCUAGGAUCUGAGACCCUGGAGGAGUGACACUGCUGAUCUCAGGCAUCUUUCACUAAGCCAUGGCAACCCCAGAUGUAAGCGUCCACAUGGAAGAGGUGGUGGUUGUGACAACUCCAGACACUGCGGUUGAUGGCAGCGGUGUGGAGGAAGUGAAGACAGUGCUUGUAACGACAAAUCUGGCCCCUCAUGGGGGUGACUUGACAGAAGAUAACAUGGAAACAGAAAAUGCAGCAGCUGCAGCUGCUGCAGCCUUCACAGCCUCCUCACAGCUCAAGGAAGCCGUGUUAGUGAAGAUGGCUGAAGAGGGGGAGAACUUAGAAGCUGAAAUUGUGUACCCCAUCACUUGCGGAGACAGCAGAGCUAACCUCAUUUGGAGGAAGUUUGUGUGCCCUGGCAUCAAUGUGAAAUGUGUUCAGUACGAUGAACAUGUGAUCAGCCCGAAGGAGUUUGUGCACCUGGCAGGGAAAUCAACCUUGAAGGAUUGGAAGAGAGCCAUCCGGAUGAAUGGUAUCAUGCUCAGGAAGAUCAUGGACUCUGGGGAGCUAGACUUCUACCAACAUGACAAGGUCUGCUCUAAUACCUGUCGCAGCACAAAAAUUGACCUCUCAGGGGCCCGUGUGUCCCUGAGCAGCCCCACAUCCACCGAGUACAUCCCGCUCACACCAGCUGCAGCUGAUGUGAAUGGCUCACCUGCUACCAUCACCAUAGAAACCUGUGAGGACCCUGGUGACUGGACCACAGCCAUUGGAGAUGACACAUUUGCAUUCUGGCGGGGACUAAAGGAUGCGGGCUUACUGGAUGAGGUCAUACAGGAAUUCCAACAGGAGCUGGAGGAAACCAUGAAAGGUCUGCAGCAGCGAGUACAGGACCCACCCCUGCAGCUCCGAGAUGCUGUCCUCCUCAACAACAUCGUGCAAAACUUUGGCAUGCUGGAUCUGGUGAAGAAGGUGCUGGCCAGCCAUAAGUGCCAAAUGGACCGCUCUCGAGAACAGUAUGCCCGGGACCUGGCAGCCCUGGAACAACAGUGUGAUGAACAUCGUCGCCGUGCCAAGGAGCUGAAGCACAAGUCCCAGCACCUCAGCAAUGUGCUCAUGACGUUGACACCAGUCUCCCUGCCAUCCCCUAUGAAGCGGCCCCGUCUUGCACGAGCUACAUCUGGACCAGCUGCUAUGGCUUCCCAGGUGCUCACACAGUCUGCACAGAUCGCCCUUGGCCCAGGAAUGCCUGUGUCCCAGCUGACCAGUAUGCCACUUAGUAAAGUGGUAUCUACACUGCCUUCCACUGUCCUGGGAAAGGGUUCUCCUCAAGCUGCCCCAGCCAGUUCACCGGCCUCCCCACUGCUUGGGGGCUACACAGUCCUGGCCUCCUCUGGCUCUACCUUCCCCAGCACGGUAGAGAUCCAUCCGGACACAUCCAGCCUCACAGUUCUGAGCACAGCUGCCAUGCAGGAUGGCAGUACAGUACUAAAGGUGGUCAGCCCACUGCAGCUGCUCACUCUGCCUGGUCUGGGACCCACCCUGCAGAAUGUGGCCCAGGCAUCACCUGCAGGCAGCACCAUCAUGACAGUACCCACAGCAGCUGCUUCUGGACCUGAGGAACACACAGCCACCAUUGAGGUGGCUGCUGUAGCAGAUGACCAUGAGCAGAAGUAGCUGGCUGGGAGGGUAAGAUCCUUCCAAAUUGGGCUGGCUGCCUCUCCUCAGGCCACUGCAGGCAGAGGCCACUACGGACACAGGCCGCAGAGCUGGCUCAGCACAGGCAGGUCUGAUGGGCUGAACCAAAGAGGAUUGCCGGAUGAAUCAAGAGAAGAAAAAAGGGGCAGAAUGAUGCCAGCAACCUGGAACAUCAGUCUUCAACUUCUAAACUUCCUCCCCUUUUUUCGUGGGAAAUACUCUUUUCCAUCUGUUGCUUAUUAAUCCUGUUUACACAUUGGGCCUUGAGCAGGAACCAGGGGGGUCAGUGACCAGGAGGAGGCCUGGGUGCUUCUGGUACAGCUGUAGAUCCAGCACCAGAGCCCAGCUGAUCACACGGCCUAGUGCCUGCACCCCAAUGGGGCUGAGCUUUCUGGGACAUUAUUGACACAUGUCUUGGGCAGCAUGCCUGAGUGUGGACGCCAUAGAUCCUAUGGAUUUGGUCUUUUCCCACAGUUCUCUGUAGGUUCAGUAUGGCCAGUGUCCAUGUUCCUUCACUGUGGGAACAUGCCUGGGGCUGAAUGCAGACCCCAGUCAGGACCCCUCCCAACCACACAGGCACUCAGGUGGUGAAGGGGUCUCAUGGACCUGAUGUGUUCUAGACCCCUCUGCAUAUGGGCUGCAGGUGUUAAUUGCUUAGUAGGCUUCUAGGAAAAAUUAAAUUUAUAGUGUUUUCAACCAAAACAAUGCUGAGUGCCUAGGCUCCUGAGUUGGUUCUAGGAGGGACCCAGAGCACCUAUACAUACACCUAGCCAGGUGCUAGAGAUCUUAGGUAGUAUCUUUUCCUGAGACUAAGUUCUAGAGGAUUUGUAUGGAGGUAUGCCUGUGACUUGGGGUAGCUCAACUCCUAUGUGCAUCCUGCUCUUUUAGCCCCCUAUACUAGCCCCCUAAAUUUUCCCUGGAGAUAGAACAGGGCCUCUCUGGUCAAUACUCUAUCCCGAGAUCCCCAGGAUAUGUGAGAAGACUGUUUAGAGUUGGUGGGUCAGUCAGCUGGGAGAUAGGAUCCAAAAUAUUCCAUGGAAGGCUGUCUGCAGGCAGUUUUUACAGGUCUGGUUGGGCCCAUGCAAGGGGCUGUUCUCUAGGCCAGAGUCCUUGGAGUCAAACAAUUCAGGGAACAGAGUUUUGGCCUCUUGGUAAGGUAUGUCCUGGGAUAGUCCUAAGGUGCCUCUUAAACCUCCUGUUUUGUCAACUGAAGGCUUUGUUUUCAAGGGCCCCAUUGCUGUGACCGGGGCCUUGUCUGCCCCUGCUCUCACCCCAUGUCAAGCUACUGAGGUUCUAGCUCUUGUUUUCCUUCUGUUACAUCAUUGUUCACUGUGGUUAUGAAUCAACUGGUUUUGGCAGAUGUUUCCCUGUUUAUGUAUAUACUCCUUUUUAAGAACUCUUUUUUCCCUUGAGUUACAAGUCCUGUUAUGUGCAGCUGUGUGACGGGCAUUGGGAGGACCAGCAGGGUGGGUACCUCCCGGAAGUCCCUGCUGUAUGAGCUCAGACUAGAUUAGUGUCACAAAUAAAAAUUUUCCUGCCCUGGGAACCAAGAUCCUUUUCUUGGCACAAGUCCCAGGUGCCAUCUGCUUUUUGGGAUGUGGGCCAGUUUCCUUUCUUCAUAAGAGCAAGGUCAAAACCUUUUAGCCCUUGCCCCUUAGAGCAUGGAAGUACUGGAAGGUGAAGUUCAUUUCAGAGCCAUACAAAAAUAAUCCCCAAAUCAGCUUCAGAAUUAGCUCAUACCACUCAUUCCCAGUGUCCCCAGAGGCUGUCCAUAGCCCACCCUCCAAGGCUGUUCCUGGCAGGCUAGUGAGGGUUCUGCAGGACACAGAAGGCCUGGUAGUCCCAUCUGCAUAGAACCUACAGUUCUGGGGGAGGAAGUGUGAUCAUUUGCCCCACCACUGGUUUGUACCUGCCUCUUGUGGCUCCUACUGACUCCUAUUGUUGUGUUCCCUGCCCAUUGGGCCAUUCAGGAUCCAGGAAGGAAGAAGGUCUUCCCCUCCACAUGCAAACAUGGGUGCUUGUGGCUGCUUUCAGUUUGGUUUUCUGAGGAAAUAGGAAAGGAUUUGAUUUUGCAGAAGGCGCAAGCUCCUUUCCAUGCCUGCCCAGGAGGCGUGCAAGGAAGGGCAAGUUUGAGUUCUUUGAGUUCUACUUUGUAUGUUGUUAAGUAAGUAUCUGCUUGGUACUUUGA